AUGUUGAACCUAGAUGAGUAAGUAUAUUGUAUGAUGCACUAAUGAGUUAGCAUGUAGACUAACACGAAAAAGGACUAUCGAGGCGAUCAAAUUAUGCAAACAUAUACCAGAGUCAGAUGUUGAAGAAAUCUGCUCCAAGGCUAUUGAGUUAUUAAUCGAAGAGGCUAAUAUUCAGCAUGUUGACACACCGGUAACUAUAUGCGGGGAUAUACAUGGGCAGUUGCAUGAUUUAAUUACGUUAUUCAAGACUGGUGGAGAAUGCCCGCAGACGCAGUACUUGUUCUUGGGAGAUUUUGUAGAUAGAGGGUUCUAUUCGUUAGAGAGUUUUUUAUUAUUAUUGGCAUUGAAAGUGAGAUAUCCCGAUAAGAUAACGUUGAUUCGAGGGAACCACGAAUCGAGACAGAUAACCACCGUGUAUGGAUUCUAUGAUGAAUGUGUUCGCAAGUAUGGUUCUGUGAAUGUGUGGCGAUACUGUUGCGAAGUGUUUGAUUAUCUCUCUCUAGGAGCAAUCGUAGGAGGCAAAGGAGGUGUAUUUAGUAUCCACGGUGGGUUGAGUCCUGAUAUAGAUACAAUUGACCAGAUAAGGGUACUCGAUAGAAAACAAGAGGUACCUCAUGA